CAUAAGAGGUCUCUCCAGCCUAGCCGGCCAGGGAGCUGAGAUCUAGCCAAUGGGUAGGAACAGUUCUGGAGUCGCUUGACUGGUAGAUCUAUUAAGCUCUAGGCUAAGGCUAAACUCAUGGACGAGUGAAGAAAAGAGACAAAAGAAGCAGGAGAAAGAUGACUGAUUGUAGCUGGCCACGCCCUCCCCAAUUUUGUGUACAAAAUGGAAAGAGGCUGAAAUUCGAGACUAAGACUGAUUGGACUUGAAUUGGAGUCGCCCUCAUUUCUGUGAUAAUUUCCUGUUGAGGAGGAAGUGUAGAAUCACUUCUAUUUAUAAAGAUGCCGAGAUCCACCCCCAAUUUAGUAUUUGUGCAGGAGAAUACAAGCUACCAAUGCUCUUAGAAAUUAAGCUGAAAGUGCAUCACAACUCACACAAGAAUGAGGUGCUUACUGAUCACCACAAUUAGUUUCUUCUCCAUCCUUGGUUUGUCUCUAUCAAUUGAGUGCCCGGCAAAUCAAUAUCCCUAUGGAGAUUGCUCGUCUUGUUUUGGCGUCAUUGAUCAGAGCCUGGAAUUUGACGCAGCCUCGCAGUUUUGCCGUGAAAAUGGCGGCUCUCUUCUUAGCAUUAGCGAUUUGUCGCAGUUUAAACUUCUUUCCCGAUACCUUGAGGGGCUCUUGGAAGAGAGACAGUUGUGGAUCGGGUAUACAUACAACAGUGAAGGAAGAAGGGUGACUGUAGAUGGAGAAAUGGCACCUGAAGUUAUUCGCAACAACCAAAGCUUUGUGGGAUCGACAACUGGCAACCAGUUGACUUGUGUAGCAGUGCAAGGAUCUACUCUGGUGAAUCUGCAGUGCACUCAAGCUCAAGCCUUUGCUUGCAUGUAUUCCUUUGCAGUUCUGGAAGUCAGUCGAACUCCACCCGAGAGAAUAGUUUACGUGUCCCCUUCUCAUACGAACUUUGAACUAUCAGUAGACGUCACCUCACCAGAAGCCGCUACUCUCUCUGCUCAGUGGAGGAUGAAUGGUGUCGCUAUAUCACCUGAUCUUGACAAUUACAUAGUAACAGCUCAGGGCAGACUAUUCUCGCUGGUGAUUAUGACCAUGGUUACCCCAGGAACUUAUGAGCUGUUGGUUACGGGGCAAGCUGGAACUGCUGUGUCAGCAACAUGGCAGCUCAAACAUCCAGUGCUGGGUGACAUCACUGUUCAGCCUCAGGACAUUACUAUUUUACAAGGCCAAAUCGCAGCCUUCGAAUGUAAAGCUGAAGAUGCCCUCCCACGCACAACAAUCACAUGGUACAAAGACUCCGUGCGAUUGGAUGUUCCCGCAGACCGCCGUUUGUUCGUAUCGGAUGUGACGGGGACUCUGUUCGUACGAGAAGUAGGCGUGGCAGACGCUGGACAAUACCACUGUGUGUGUGAGAAUGGAGCUGGACAAGUGACCAGUCGAGUCGCCAAUCUGACUCUGACCGCUAACAUUGAGUCUAACAUGUCCAAUUUCUUCAUUAACCCUCGUCCACUCACGAUAUUGGCUGGAGAACCGUUCAGUCUCGAGUGUGUUGGGUCACAAUCGUACGACAUGAACUCAACUGCAUAUCGAUUCUUUUACGAUCAGUCUGUCGUUUUCACUGCACCCGACGAUGAAUUUUUGUAUCCUAGCGAUAAUGGUUUCCCCGUAUAUCGGAUAGAAGCGGUCACGGUUGACAGCAGCACUACCUGCACUUCUUGUACCAUCUCUGCACCAACGCCAGGUAGCUUCGGUGAAGUUCAAGAGUCGGCUAAAGCCCCAUUGACUGUUCACUCUUUGGCUAAGGUGACCAGACUUGUUACAACUGUGGGGAAUGGAAUGCAGACAGAGUCCGGUCUCAUACCGAUACCAGGUGGAUCUGACGUAACACUUCAAUGUGAGUACAGUGGUGUCCCUAUUCCAAGUACCGUGGAAUGGACUCUGGACGGAGAAGCUGUCAGUGUGGGCGUGGUCACUGAAGGAGGCGUGUCUAAACUGAAUGUGGAGGGUGUGACAAGUGGGGGUGUGUACCAGUGCCAUGUGGGGAACCAGUACGGCAGAGACAGUGCCUCAGUGUACAUCUGCUUGGAGGAACAAGAAUCUGUAGUGGGUGUGGUCUCCUUCACAGCCGAGCCCCAUACCAACUCCUCCCUCUACAUAACGUGGGAAACUCCCUCCCCUCUCUCUACACACCCACUUCUUGUCCGAUACGAGAUCAAAGUUGAACAAGUUGAUUCACAAUCUCCAAUACUCUAUUCCCCACCGCCUGGAACUAACGAGUUCAUAGCCUCGGGGCUUAUAGCGGGAGAGCUGUAUCAGGUUUCUGUGGUUGCUAUGUCGUUGCUAGGGCCAGGGGAAGCUCCUGCUGAGGAUUUCUUUGUCAGAACAUUUGACAUUCCCAUCACAGAUGUAGUCAGUGGAUUAAAAGUCCAGCGCACAUCGGACAACUCUGCACUUGUGGUGAUUUGGGAUUCUGUUGCCAUGGAGAUGAUUGCCCCCCUCCCCCGAAUAUACGAGGUGGAGUAUCGACUGACGGGUAGCAACGAGGGACUGUUUGAGAUAGUGAGAGGAGACAGUCUACUGACCAUUGAAAGUCUGGACGAUGCCGCCAGCUACAAGGUUCGUAUUCGAGUGCUGUCACAGACGCAUCGAGACCCCGCCCAGUUUGUUCUCGGGCCGUGGAGUGACUUUAUGGAGGUGGUGGGCAUCACGACCCUCCCACCCGUCUCUCAACCUACCACACCCUCUACAGUAGGGCUCUUGACUCCGAUGGGGCUCCUACUGAUCUACAUCUGUGUGCCUGUGGGUGUGGUGUUACUCGUGGGGGUGUGUCUGUGUCUGGUCAUCACUGUCUGUUGCUGUCGACAGGGUAAACGGAAACGGGUAUAUCGGCCCUCAAAGAAGGAAAGGAAGGGCGGCGAGAAAACAGUUGACACCGCUCAGCGGCCAAUGGGAUCGCAGGUCUAUGCACUUCCAAUCAAUGGCCUUGCCAACCGAACGCAAGUAUGGCUGGAUAAUAGCAGCUAUGAUCCGACAAUCACUGCUGGUCAAAACACCACCCUCGAAGGACCUCCCACCACACCCCCCGUCAAGCCAAACAAUGUGUCAUCGACCAAUUCUAAAGCGGCCACUCCGGCGUUGAGCGUAAAAAGUGGAACCGUGACGUUGACAUAUUACGACCAAAAGAACUCGAAUUCUUCAAGUCCCAUUCCAGAUCCAGAAUCGGAAUCAGUUGCUAAGAGACCAUUCAGCGAGCUUACUCAAUCUCAAUCUAUUGGAGGUUCGGCCAAAUUUUAUUCCAGACCUGGAACCGCAACUCCAGCCGGCAAGGACGGCGGCUACACCACCUCUACGAAAAGUCUUAUGACUCCCAGUUCUUCUGAAAGAAACUCUUUCAAUUAUGCAUUCCAAGAAGCGAGUUCUGCUGCUGACGAUCUCUACAAACUAGCCGUCUCCUUGGAGUCCGAUUUGAGUCACGGGCAUAGUGAACUCAAUCUCAGAACUCGCGGACUUAGCAACAGUGAACAAAGAAAACGUCCACUCAGUGAAAUCGACAUCAAAAAUCACCGGCUGAGCGAUGAGUACGAUUCGUUGGAACCCUCACCCGAUAUGAAGGAGGAAGAGGGCGGAGCUUAUGGGGUGGUGACAGAUUCGAUGGAUUUAGAUUUCAAAGUGCUUGAGGAGUUAGCGGCAGAGAGCGCUGCUUUGGCAUCACUGUCCGGCACACCCGACCCCUAUGCUUACAAACCACCAACCUCUGAACCUUGACCUAUGAACUCAGCACCCUUACCUAGUAGCUAGUUACUACUGUCGACCUUUCACCUGACAUGUAUGAACUCGAUCUUUGCUCCAUUAAUUCACAUCUUUUUAGUAUAUAGCAUGAUUGUUGCAUUGAAUUGUGAUCACUAUAUUAAUUUACCACUUCAUAUUAAAUCGUUCUUGUAAAACCUG